GUUAUUUUCAUAUUCUAUAACAAGUGCCACAACGCCAAGGCCAGCGAUAAGAUUUAUAAAUGAGUCCCUGCGCAUUUUUCGUCACUGGCUUCUUCUCCUUUGAUUAUUACUCUAGAAUAUAACCCAGGUUGUCUAAUCGUGAAUGCUUCCCAGGGUACCUGCACGGUUGUAACCCGAACGCAAAAGGGAGCACGGGGGGAACACUCUGAGAGCUAAACCGAACAGAAUCUUAUCGUUUCGAGCGCGCUCGGAGUUCACCCAGUGUUUUUAUAUUUGACGUUUGUUUUGGGUGAGUUUGGCAACAUGUGAUCCUGUGGUGUAGUUCUCUGACUUUACUGUGAUUUUUUCGGAAAAUCUGGCUUUUCUGGACGAUCCAGGAAUUUUGGACGGAGAUCACUUCAAUUUUGUCCGGAGAGUGGAGUUGUCAUUCUAAAUCUUAUGGCAAACCAUUUCGAUUCCCAAACAUCGGUUUCUCCUUCACUCUGACGCGAGAUGAUCCUAUAGCUUGCUGCCAAACCACGCGACAGGACGCAAAAAUAUCUAUACACAAAUUAAAUUAGAAUUUCAAUGGUCAACCUCAGCUAAUAUUCAAAUUCCAAUCGAGAGGGCACCAACUACACAUCGACGCUGAAGAGUUUCGCCUCCUUUUUGACCCCCUGCGUGUAGGCGCCCCGGUUCAACAUGGAGCGCGAAUCGAAUCCCAUGCAAGCUUUGUGUAGAUCAGGAUGUGGUUUUUAUGGAAGUCCUGCCACAGAUGGACUUUGCUCUUUAUGUUACAAGGAACAACUUAAAAAGAAACAACAACUCCCAACAAAUACCCCAGCUAGUUUAAGUUCCUACAGGGAGACAUCAACAGCUCAACCCACCAUCAGCCACCUUCCAUCCCAAACUGUAUCUGAAUUGUCAGCAGAAAUAAGUAGUACGGAAGAGUCACAAUCUCCCUCUCACCAGGCCUCUGUUGCGGCUGCAGCCGUGGCUGGCGUAGUUAUUCCCGAUGACGAAGCACCAUCGCCCAGUCCAGCAUCGCCGUCAGAUUCGGACGCCGCGACGCCUGGCAGCAGUGACGAAAGGGACAGCGACAAGGAUGCAAGAAAGAAAAAAAACCGGUGUGCGACAUGCAAAAAGAAGGUUGGAUUAACUGGUUUUGAAUGCCGUUGCGGUGGACUAUUUUGCGCCGUCCACCGGUACAGCGACAAGCACGACUGCAGCUUUAACUAUAGAGAAAUGGGAGCGCAAGAAAUCCGACGCAACAACCCCGUAGUCGUCGGCGAAAAGAUCCAGAAAAUCUGAGCCCCGCCACACGGCCAUCGCCGCCACAAUGCCAAAUUGCCAAUUGAAUCUGUCUCCAUUAUCCCAUGGAUCGACAGUUUCGGUUGCGAUUAGUUCAACAAAAAUCUUCUGUGCCUCUCGCCGCGCCUCCAUAGACGAUUUAUUUCGUAGUAGUGCAACGAGCGGACACAAAAAUUUACGCGUGAGAAACGAGCUGACCUGGCAAGGUAGUCAGUUUUCUGCGUCUGAAGUGAACACGUGUUGUGCCGGGGUGGUUGUAUGUUUUUCUUUUUAAGUGCUGGACACUUCACCGUCAAUGAUAUUACUCUCUACCGGGAUGUGUUUAUUUCUUUUUUUUAUGGAAGAGCGUUUUGCUAAUUUUUAUCAAAUUUUUUUAUAUUAAACACAAUCUUUCCUAAUAAUAAAUUCACUAGUAAUAAUUAUUAGCAGUACUUAAUGGGCUAAAUAAAAUUCUCUUCCAAAAAAUGACCACCAACUGCCUGUGUAAAAAGUUAAACAUGAAACAUACAAAAAAAAAGACUUAUAUGUUCUAUAUUCAAUACCUUAUUGCCACUCAAAUUAUAUUUUCGACGUUUUAGUUUUUAUUAAAAAAAAUAAAUAAAUGCAAAUUAUUAGGUAUGUAAUGUCAUUUUAGCUUCUUUGUUAUGUAUAUAGCCAAUUAUCUAUUGUUUAAAUAUUGUUUUUUUUUUUGGCCUGAGAGAAAAAGGAGAGAAAAUUGUCCAACAGAGGCAAUAUUUUUGUCCAAUUGUUUAUAUUGCGAUAUUACCUUUGUUGGGCAAAAAUAAAAGACGAACCAGCGUUUCUGUUGGGUUUGCACUUUUUCAAUUGAGAUAAGGUGUAUCUAUUUUUUUUUAAAUUAUUAUUGGACUUGGGGGUAUCUCAGAAAAAAGAUGUUGGCAAAUUGCACUCGAAGGAAAAGACAUAAUACAGAUGAUGAGUAAAAAGUUAACCAACUUUCACUGGAAUGCGAAGAUAGAUGAGAAAAGAUUUUUCAAUAAAUACAAACUUACCUUCUAUAGUCAUUGAUAUAGAUGAUUUUCUGGUCUAAAUUUACUGAUUCUUUGAUUUCAAUCAUUGGUUAUACAAGCCCUUUUUUACUUAACACUCUGUAUGUCUUCAUGUUACCAUAUCAAAUCUAUAUAAACUAGUUUCAAUAGCAUAUUGAAGAAAGUAGAAAGAAUAGCAAUUUUAUUAGCCUGAUUUGUAAAUACGAUGUUAGAGUUAAGUUCCAAUUCAACAAAAGCUUAGGUGAAUGUUAGAUGAGUAGAGCUCAAAACUAUAAAUCACGCCAAAUUUUAAGCAUUGUCCACCUCAAAUUAAUCUCUACUGUGCGUCUACCUCAAGUUCAUAAAUCCAGGUUUUGCCUAAAAAGUCUUAAAAUCAGAAGUAGUAGAAAAUGCGGAUCAAAAAAAAGGUCUUUAUAUGUACAUUUAAAACAAUCGAUAAAAAAAGGUAUGUCCAAUGUCCACACCAAAGAAACGCAUAUGAAUAUUUUGUUGCCGGUUACCAGAAACAUUCUAUUCACACAAGAAAAUAUUGCAGGAACAAGCAAUUCAAACAAAAUAUUCCCAUGUGUUGCUUUCCAUGUAGACCUAUUAGCCGAAAUCGCAAUAAAAAGUCCCCACAGAUUUGUUUUUCCUAUGCGUGAUGCGCUUUAUACAGUGUUGCCAUUUACCCACAGCAAAUCAAAAUAUUUGCCUUUGUACUAUCUUCAGUAUGCAUCCAUCCAUCAAGAAAAAAAGAAUUCAUUUCUUCUCGGGGUACUUUUGUCCAAUUAGUUAUUUUUUAAUUUAGCAAAAAAAAAAUUAAGUUCUUUUCUCUAUUGUGCAAGUAAUAUGUUAUUUUUAGGUAAAUCAAAUUUUAGGUUUUAAUUGAACUGCAAUUAUUAUUUUUUGUUUAAUGAAAUUAUAUUGUUUUUGGAACAUUGCCAACAUUGAACAAGCAAAAAAGAAGCUGAAUUGUGUAAUUUUGUUGUUUGAUUUAAAUGUUGUGGUUUCUUUUUUCUCGGUAAGACUCUCUGGUUAAGGAACGUAAAUGAAAACAAAAAAAAAACAGAAGCUUUAUGUUCGGUUAUAAUAGAUUCUAGUCAGCUUUUAGCUUAUUUACCUUGGUACAUACUUCAAAUUGCUUGCGUACAAUUAUUUACAAACCUAACAGCCAUCAACCUCAACUUUGUAUCCCUCAAAUACUUCAUAGUUUUCUCUGCCUUUCAUAUUUAACUUACAUGCUAUAGGCUCUGUUUUUUUAAACAAAACAAAAAUUGAUUUUUGUAGUUUUGAUUCUGGGUGGGAGUGUAACGUGUUAAUGGUUAUUUCUUAUUAACUUGUCUGAGAGAUGAAAAAAGUUAAUAAAAUUAGUGAUAUUAUUUUUAAGAUGUGUUACUAGCGCCCAGUAUUGGCUUCACAUUCAGCGUUCUUGAUUUGUUGGUUUUAAUUUUACUAUUACCUAAUUGGGUGAAAAUCUUUGCGGAUGCUAUUCCCUAAAGUUUUUUUGCCAUUUGUUUAUACUAAUUUUUUGGGACUAUGUUUGUUAUUUAGACAAUGUGGUUUGUGUUAAUCAUGUAAUGAUUUUCUUUUCCUCUUAAUAAGCACAUUUAUUCUCUUUUCCGUGUAUAGUUAUUUUGAGCCAUAUUAUAUCUUGCAACAAAAAUAUAAUUAGUAAAUACCAAAAAAAAAAAGUUUGUUUUUUUCUUAUCAUUUAUCAUAAUGCAAACUGUUUAAAUAUUAUUAUUAUAUUACUAAGUAAAAGCCUUGUGUGGCAAUGUCUAAUAAAUCUAUUAUACAAAC